AUGGAUAGAUUGUUUUGGAGGAAUGUUAGGGGACUUAACAAAACUAACAAGCAAAAUGAUGUCAUGAGAAUGAUAUCCAAUAAACGAAUUGGUUUUGUUAGUCUCCUAGAAACAAGGGUUAAGGUUUCUAAAAUGGGAACCUUAUACCUUAAUAUGUUUCAAGGUUGGUGUUUCACUUGCAAUUUAGCUAAUCAUCCUAAUGGUUGGAUUGUUGUAGCUUGGAAUCCGAAUAGUUUUAUGGUGGAUAUUCGGGGUAGCUCAAGUCAAUGGAUGCACUUUCUAGUUCAGAUUAAGCAUGGAAUCCAGUUUGCAGUCACUGUGGUUUAUUCUUUAAAUGAUAUGAAUGGUAGAGAAAGGCUUUGGGAGGAUAUGAAGAACAUAGGUAGUAUCACUAGUUGUCCUUGGAUGAUAAUGGGGGAUUUUAACUCUGUUUUAUUUCCUUCAGAUAGGUUACACUAUAGAGGAAAUGGAGCUGAAAUGGUCCCGUUUCAAAGCUGUGUGGAGAAGUGUGGCCUAAUAGAUAUGAAAUUUACUGGGAACUUUUUUACUUGGAAUAAUAAGCAAGAGGGUAGUUCUCGUGUGUAUGCAAAGCUUGACAGAGUGUUGGUAAAUGAUCAUUGGCUAGAAAAUUUUUCAAAUGCUGAGGCUAUAUUUUUUCCUGAAGGGGAUUUUGACCAUAGUCCUUGUUUGGUGACGUUUUCUUCAGAGUGUGAGAUCCGGAAACCCUUCAGAUAUUUCAAUUUUUGGAGUAGUCAUAAAGAUUUCUUGAAUAAGGUCUCCUUAUGUUGGAAUGAAGAAAUUACAGGAACCCCUAUGUUUUGUUUAAUUUCCAAGUUAAAAAAGCUUAGGGGAGUUUUAACUAAGCUUAAUAAGGAGGGAAAGGGGGAUGUCUUUGUUAAAGAUGCUAAGACUUUUCAGAAGCUGCUGGGGAUUCAAGGAAAAAUUAAUGACUCCCCUGGUAAUACUCAAUUGAUGAAUGAGGAAAUUAGUUGUAGAGUUGAGUAUCAUCUUGAACGAGUGAUUCAGGUGUUCAAUGACUAUUAUUCAGAGUUAUUUGGCUCUGUUUCAAAUGGGAGGAAAGCUGUUUUGGAUAGGGUGGUCAAAGCUGGGAAGUUAGUCUCUGAACAUCAGGCAGAUUUUCUGUUGAAGCAGUACACCAAAGAGGAAGUGAAAGAUGCUCUUUUUUCCAUUCCUGAUGAGAAGGCACCAGGUCCUGAUGGGUAUAGUAGUGCAUUUUUUAAACACACUUGGCUUAUUACUGGACAGGAUGUUAUUAAAGCAGUUCUUUCUUUCCUACAUUCGGGUAAGCUGAUUAAGGAACUCAAUACAACCAAUAUAACCCUUAUUCCUAAAUCUAGUUGCCCCAAGAAUGUUAGUGAUUAUAGACCAAUUUCUUGUUGCAAUGUGGUCUAUAAAAUAGCCACCAAAUUGAUAUGUUCAAGACUUAGAGUGAUUUUACCUACAAUUAUCUCUGAUAGUCAAAGUGGUUUCGUUCAAGGCAGGAAUAUAGCUCAUAAUAUUAUGAUUUGCCAAGACUUAGUGAAGGGUUAUGGGAGGAAAAGUACUAGCUCAUCUUGUAUGAUUAAAAUAGACCAUCAAAAAGCUCAUGACACCUUGGAUUGGAAUUUUUGCAAGAAAUGA